CGUCAAAGUUGCUGUCGGUUCUCUGUUAUUAUUGUGCAGAGAUUGUGUUUACCAAGAUCACUAAUCAGACGGAAUGUGGAUACUCACUGUACUUUUCUAGCUAGCUAUUAAGUCGUGACUGACCUGAAAGUUGCUGAGAGUUUACUGGCUAAAAACACAAAAGAAUUACUUUUGUAAAUGAUCUAAGAAGAGUUAAAUUUGUUCUAUGUGUGGUGUUGAAGAACUACAAAGACUUUCUGUCGAUAGCAGUACAUACUAUAUUGACAAGAGUGUGCUCUGGACUACUCUUCUGUUUUCUGUACUCAUUCGUAGAGGAGGCAGAGCAUUCCCUCAAACAGAGAGAGGCUCCGCUUCUUUGAAUAGAGACACGUAUACGCACUGGCAUCUUCCGACGAAUAUAGUGAAACUGAAGGAGGGUUAACUCCCCCACCCACCAAAAGAGCACGAUUCUCAGUUUCCCUAGGGGAAUCAUCUUCAUCUUCAACCCCUGAAGGGAUCCUUAGGAUGCAAUCUAACGGUGUUCCUGUUGACAUAAAAGUGAGCAAGGCCAAAAUUCCCAUAUCCAAUGGCACUCAUAUUGAUGAUGAUGAGGUUUUGGACAAGGAAAAGUCUUCCCUAAUCGCUGUAAAAAAACAAACGCGGCAAUUAAAUAGAAUGGAGACAGAUACUGUGAGACUAAUGGGACAGCAUUUGAGAGAAAUGGGAUAUCAUAAGACACUGGAAAGUCUAGUGAGUGAGUCAGGAUGUCCUCUGGAGCACCCCAAGGCCUCUAAUUUUCGUGCCCAUGUGUUAAAUGGAGACUGGGAAAAGGCCAUCAAGUCCUUGAUUGAUCUUGGUCCAUUACUAGAGAAUCCCACCAACAUUGAGAAAAUGCAGUUCCUUCUGCUUGAGGAAAAGUACCUGGAGCAGUUAGAGAGUGGGAAAGAGCUGGAGGCCCUUUCCACCCUGAGACACGAGUUAGCUCCUCUCCCCUUCCACCACUCAGACAAACACAUUCAAACUCUAACUAGCUACAUGAUGUACUCCAACAAGGAAGACCUCCGUAAUGCUGCUAGCUGGCCUGGUGUGCAUGGAGGCUCUAGGCAGAUACUAGUUGAAAAGUUUCAAGGUUUCCUACCUGCCUCAGUGAUGCUCCCUCCUAGAAGGCUCCAGGUGCUAAUGAAACAAGCCCAGGAGCUGCAGGUCGAGCGAUGCCCCUUCCACUAUCUUGACCAGAACGCAGGCAACUAUUCUCUCCUCACUAAUCACAUUUGCUCCAAAUGCCAGUUCCCUUGUGAGACGGUGCACACAUUUACUGACCACUCUGAUGAAGUUUGGUUCCUUAAGUUCUCUAAUGAUGGGAAACGACUAGCUACUGGAUGCAAGGACGGACAAAUCAUCAUUUGGAAUUUUGUUGAUGCUCAGCCACGUCAAGAGCAUGUUUUGAAAGGCCAACCUGAGGGUAUAGCAUACAUGGCCUGGAGCCCAAAUGACCAAUUCCUGCUUUCUUGUGGGAGAGAGGGUACCCCAGGAAUCAUGGUGUUUCUGACUGAGACUGGUGAGGUGAAGUGUCACAUUCAAAACUCCGCUGAGGAUAGUCUCACUUGUGGCGCAUGGUCUAGUGAUGGACACAGGUUCUAUGUCGGUGGGAAUAAAGGACAAUUUUAUCAAUGUUCAAUGAGUGGCUUGGUAACUGGUAGCUGGGAAGGAGUACGAGUUAAAGCUCUAGCCACUCACCCAACCUUUGACCUCAUAUAUGCUGCAGACACCCAUUGUAGAAUCAGACAGUACAACUUUGCCGAUAAAACAUCAAGUACUCUAGUUCAAGAGUCUCAUCCAAUCAUGUCAUUCGUCCUAUCAGAUAAUGGACGCAAUGCCCUAAUUAACAUUGCUACUCAGAGUGUACAUGUUUGGGACUUGAAGGAUCGGGUUUUACUGAGGCGGUAUCAAGGUGUCUCACAGAGUCUCUACACCAUACACUCUAGUUACGGUGGCAUCAACAAUUCAUUCCUUGCAAGUGGAAGUGAAGACCACAACGUGUACAUAUGGCAAACACGAAGAGAGACCCCAGUGGCUGUGUUGAAGGGUCACUCUAGAUCAGUCAACUGUGUCUCUUGGAACCCCGUCAACUAUGAGCUGUUAGCAUCUGGCAGUGAUGAUGGUACGGUUAGAGUGUGGAGCACACAGGAAAGACACAAGGCUCAGUUGGAAUAUCAGCAACUUAGGGAUAAGGAGGAUCUGUCAAAAAGAAAAGAGAAAGUGAUAUCUGAUGAAUCCACUAACCAGAGACAGUCUCAAGCACUCGACUUCUGUGAAACUGAAGGAAUGGACACUACCUCAGAACUGGAGAGAACAGACGAGAGUGCUACUAGUCUAAGCCUCUCCAGUGAGCAACUUCAUGAUAACAUAGUAGCCCUUGCAGUGGAAAACAUCACCCAAUCUUCUAUCAGUCAAAGAACAGAACCUAUUAGGCUAAGAUCAGGCAGUCACCCAGAGAGACGCCCAGCAAGAACUGAUUCAGGACAAUGGUCCACAAUCUCAGAACCUGAAGAUAGUGCAUCUGCCACUCUCAGUAGAUUAAGGUCAUCGUCACAUGGCCUAGACUCCUCAGUAGAUCCUGACAGUUCAGCAUUGUCCCUAGACUCGAGUAACGGCAGCACUAGUCAAGGUGACAUAUCACAAUCUGAAGUUGAAGAGAGCAUUCAAUUCUCAGCUUCAGAAGGUAUUGAGACCACUAGAACCUCCCAACAAGAACUAGCAGAAGCAGAAGGUGGCAGUUUAUCAACAGUGGUCUGAUCUUUGGUACAUAUUUAUGCAGCAUCCUCUAUUUAGUUUUCAUCCUGAUACACAUCAUAUCUUGUCAGAGUUUUGGCAUGUUCUAUGCUCUCAUCAUUAUGCUCUCCAUGCUCAUGACUAAGUUUGAAAAUUCGC